GUAUGUUGCUAUCAUAUGCAAUAUCAUUAGGAGAAGUAAUAUCUAAAGUAUCUACCAAACCUAAAAGACCUAUUGGAAAGGAUAAACCACAAUUACAGAAGGUCGUAAUCCCAAAAGACCUUUUAAAAGAGAAAAGCUUCAAGUAA